UAUACAUAGGACAAUCUUUCUCGCGGAAAUAUGGGUGCUGUAAAGAUUCUACAAACGCUGUUUCCAGAGCCAGGGCGCCUUCAGUUUAUCUAUGCAGACCUUGGUGAUGCAAAUGCUGUAAACAAAAUUUUUGCAGACAAUGCUUUUGAUGCUGUAAUGCAUUUUGCAGCAGUUGCUUAUGUUGGUGAAAGUACUGCUGAACCUCUAAGGUAUUAUCACAAUAUUACGUCCAAUACAUUGGUAGUAUUGGAGGCCAUGGCAUCACAUGGUGUGAAGACAUUGAUCUAUUCAAGUACUUGUGCGACAUAUGGAGAGCCCAAAGUAAUGCCUAUUACAGAGGAAACUCCCCAAGUUCCAAUUAAUCCUUAUGGAAAGGCUAAGAAGAUGUCUGAAGAUAUAAUCUUAGAUUUUUCGAAGACGUCCAAGAUGGCUGUUAUGAUUUUAAGAUACUUUAAUGUGAUCGGCUCAGACCCUGAGGGAAGACUUGGAGAAGCUCCCCCUCCAGAACUUCGUGAACAGGGACGCAUAUCAGGAGCUUGUUUUGAUGCAGCUCGAGGUAUCAUACCUGGUCUAAAGAUUAGAGGAACAGACUACAGUACAGCUGAUGGGACCUGUGUAAGAGACUACAUAGAUGUGACCGAUCUGGUUGAUGCACAUGUAAAAGCGCUUGCUCAUGCUUUACCUGGGAAAGUUGGUAUCUACAAUGUUGGCACAGGAAAAGGUAGUUCAGUGAAGCAGUUUGUGGAGGCUUGUAAAAAGGCGACAGGGGUGCCUAUAAAGAUAGAAUAUCUCAGCCGUAGGCCUGGAGACUAUGCUGAAGUUUACAGUGAUCCUUCCAAAAUAAAACGGGACUUGAACUGGGUUGCAAGAUACACCAAUCUUGAAGAGAGCUUGAAAACUGCAUGGUUAUGGCAGAAGUCACACAGGAAUGGUUAUGGCAGCCCCAUGAUAACUAGUCUGUAGUACCACUAAAGCAGUUCAUAAUGUAAAAGGAACCUGAACAGCAUUUUCUAAAUGAGCUUUACAUGUUAAAUAUGUAAAAUUUUGCCUUGCUUGUAAAUAAUAUUUACAUGAAAAAGAUCAAAGAGUUUGAUUUAGUCUUUAGUUUCCAUGUUAGGCUAGAAAAAUAUCAGGAAAUGGACCUGUAAGUCCUGCACAGUGCUGUGAUAUCUCUAAACAAUGACAAUGAUAUUAUUGUUGUUGCACUAUCUUUUAUUUU